AUGCAUCCGCAAGGGCAACGUCGUUGGGUUGCGUCGUUUCCCGCUCAUGACUCCAAAUCAUCCCCAGGAUGCAAAGGCAGAGAAGAAAUUGUUCAAAGAUCCUCCAAUCGAAGCCUGCUGCAAUUUAACACGACUGGAAGCGUAUCUUGUGUCAAUUUGAUCGGCUCGUUUCUAUUUGAAUGCUUCCAAUAUAUCGAUCGAUUUCGAUAUAUCGUUUUACGAGAGAUGGCGGAUAAACCUUGGAAAACAUUCGGGAUUCGAAUUUAUUCCAUAGCUAAAGAAUCGUUCGAGGAAGGAUUAAUUCAUCGCUGACCAUCUCCGGCGGAAGAUAUUAUUUUCAUAUGUUCAAACGGUUAGCAUCGCCUCGUAGUUCGGCUUUCGAAUUUUAUUGUUCCGAGCAUGAUGCUUUAUC